AUGGCGGCUGGGCCAAAUGGGCUUGAGGAGUGGGUGGGCAGCGCAUACCUGUUUGUGGAGUCCUCACUGGACAAAGUGGUCUUGUCCGAUGCCUACGCUCACCAGCAGCAGAAAGUGGCAAUGUACGGGGCUCUCCAGACUGCCCUGGCAGAGAGUGGCGGGAGCCCCGACGUGCUGCAGAUGCUCAAGAUCCACCGCAACGACCCGCAGCUGAUCGUGCAACUGCGUUUCAGCGGGCGCCAGGCGUGCAGCCGCUUCCUCCGCGCCUACCGCGAGGGGGCGCUAAGAGCCACGCUGCAAGGGUGCCUGGCUCGGGCACUGGCCCUGAACUCGGUGCCGUUGCAACUGGAGCUGCGCGCUGGCGCUGAGCAGCUGGAUGCUUUGCUGACCAACGAGGAGCACUGUUUGAACUGCAUAUGCGCCCAGAAGCCUGACCGGCUCCGGGAUGAGGAACUCACCGAGUUGGAGAAUGCGCUCAGGAAUCUGACGUGCGGCUCGGCGCGGGGCCAAGGAAGCGCCGUGCAAGGCACUCCAGCCCCCUUGCAGUCUCUGGCACCUUCUCCGCCGGAGGAGAAACCGCCACCACCGCCGCCUGGCCAGACUUUUUUGUUCCAGGGUCAGCCCAUAGUGAACCGGCCGUUGAACCUGCAGGAUCAACAGAAGUUCGCCCGCUCAGUGGGCCUCAAGUGGCGCAAGGUGGGGCGCUCUCUGCAGCGCAGCUGCCGCGCGCUGCGGGACCCGGCGCUGGACUCACUGGCCUAUGAAUACGAGCGCGAUGGGCUGUACGAGCAGGCCUUCCAGCUGCUGCGGCGCUUUGUGCAGGCCGAGGGCCGCCGCGCCACGCUGCAGCGCCUGGUGGAGGCGCUCGAGGAGAACGAGCUCACCAGCCUGGCGGAGGACUUGCUGGGCCUGGCGAAUCCUGACGGCAGCCUGGCCUAGGCCGAGUGCCAGAGAAAGGGGAGGUCGGUCAGUUGCCAAGCCAGGGUUUGGAGCACCUGGAUGACCGUAGGGUCCCUUCUGCUGCUACUGCUGACCUCUUGUCCACCAUGCGACUCUGAGACCACACUUAGCAACCCCACUUAGCUGAGCUGCUGGAGCUGCUGCGCAGAGAUGAUGGCGGCCCUCUCCAGGAGUCAGACAAGCACCCACCAUGUCUGCUGGGGUGCCACUGGGCCUUGUGUUCUAGAUACUAGGAUAGAGACAGAGUGAAUGGGUCUCUACUCUAGUAUCUAGGACAGACCUGCUGCAAGGUCUGCUUCACCUUCUCCCACCCUAAAAGAAGGGCUUUCAGCCAGACUUUACCUCUUCAUUCAUUAUUAUUCAUUAAGGACCUGCUGUAUCCUAGGCAUCAUCCUGGGUGCUGCAAAUACUGUGGUGAACAAAACACAUGAUUCUUGUCUGUCGUCAGUUCACACUCAGUGUGGGACUCUGAAUAUAAAGUAAUAAAACACGGCCCAUUUUUUGGA